AGUCCCCAGUUCGGUUACAGUGUCCGUAUCGCGAAGAUGUCUUUGCACCUACUACCCCUUUCCGAUCUCAGGUUUUUCCACCUCUGUAGAAGGCUCAGUUCAUGACCCUUGAACCGUUAUAUUACAGUGCUUGUUUUCUUUAUGUGUUGAGUGACUUGAUGCGUUAUUAAAAUAUGGUUCUACCAGUGCUACCGGUCCUCACCAGAAAUCUUUCUGAUGCCUCGACAGACCUGAAGGGCGUGCUCGCCGCCAAAAUCCCGAAGGAAAUAGAGAAAAUCAAGCAGUUCAGAAAAGAGUAUGGAUCAAAGGUGGUCGGAGAGGUCACUGUUGACAUGAUGUACGGUGGUAUGCGAGGCAUCAAGGGUUUGGUGUGCGAGACAUCAGUGCUGGACCCCGAUGAGGGAAUCAGGUUCCGCGGCUACAGCAUCCCCGAGUGCCAGAAGCUGCUCCCCAAGGCCAAGGGUGGCAACGAGCCCCUGCCCGAGGGUCUCUUCUGGCUUCUCCUCACCGGCGACAUCCCCAACGAUGCUCAGGUGCAAAAGCUGUCUCAGGAAUGGGCCGCACGCGCUGCUCUGCCCUCACACGUGGUGACUCUGCUGAACAACUUCCCCAGCAACCUGCACCCCAUGUCACAGCUGUCAUGCGCAGUCACCGCCCUCAACACUGAGAGCAAAUUCGCCAAGGCCUACUCGUCCGGAGUUCCCAAGGCCAAGUACUGGGAGCACUGCUACGAAGACUCGAUGGACCUGAUCGCCAAGCUGCCGGUUAUCGCGGCACUGAUCUUCCGCAACACGUACAAGGACGGCAAGUCGGUGGGCACCAUCGACCCCAAGCUCGACUGGAGCGCCAACUUUGUCAACAUGCUCGGCGUCAACAACACACCAGAGUUCACCGAACUCAUGCGCCUCUACUUGACCAUUCACAGUGACCACGAGGGUGGCAACGUGUCUGCGCACGCAACCCACUUGGUCGGCUCGGCGCUGUCUGAUCCCUACCUCUCGUUCGCCGCCGGCAUGAACGGCCUCGCUGGUCCUCUCCACGGUCUCGCCAACCAAGAAGUAUUAGUGUGGCUGACGAAACUGCAGCAGCAGCUGGGAGCUGACCCGACCGACGAGCACGUCAAGGAGUUCAUCUGGAAAACACUGAAGGGAGGUCAGGUGGUGCCUGGCUACGGCCACGCCGUGCUCAGGAAGACCGAUCCCCGAUACACCUGUCAGCGCGAGUUUGCGCUCAAGCAUCUGCCCAACGACCCGCUCUUCAAGCUUGUCAACCAGAUCUUCAAGACAGUUCCACCCAUCCUCACCGAACUUGGCAAGGUCAAGAACCCAUGGCCCAACGUUGAUGCUCACUCUGGUGUCUUGUUGCAGUAUUAUGGACUGAAGGAAAUGAACUACUACACUGUCCUGUUCGGUAUCUCUCGUGCACUUGGAGUGCUGUCAUCGCUGAUCUGGGACAGAGCCCUGGGUCUUCCCAUCGAGAGACCAAAGUCCUUCUCCACUGAGAAGCUCAUCAAGGACUACAGCAAGUGAACGCAACUUGCUGACGUCAUCUCACAGCUGCCUCCUCCUCCGGUUCCAUUGUGAACUGUUACACAAUCAAAACUGUCUCUCACCCCUCCCCCCACACCACCACACGUAAAGCAAUUUCAAUUUAGGACCGCCAGCCGUCCCGGCUCCUCAAUAUUGUUUCAGGCAAACUCGAUGUAUAGCGAAUUGAAAUCAAUCGUACUUAUUGUACAAAACUGCUUAGAAUGUUGACUGCUCGACCAAGUAUGGCUGUAAUUGAACAGUAUCAACUAAUAAAAUUGAAAGUGAACUUUCUUAUUUUUAGAAUAAUUGUACAUUACUUGAAAUGUAUUGCUAGUUUGAUACGCAUAUUUAUUUCUAACUUCAGUCACAAUGUGACUGGCAAGUUUGUAAAUUUUGAGUUGUCCAUAUUAGUAUUAAGGAUCGAUCGGUUGAAGUAUUUUUGUACUUCAUUGUUUGUGUGUUUCGCUUUUACUUGUAAAGAACUGUACAACAAAUCGAAAGAAUCUUGAGUGGAAAUAAAAUAAUAAUAUUCCAGAUCAAAAGCAUAGUACAAAAGGCGAUGGUCCCUACUUUCUUCUUCAUUGUGACGUUCGUUUAAGUUGUUGUUUUCAAUAUUUAUUUGUUAGUUGGAAUUAGUAAAUUAUUUUCGUGAUCAUCGUGCAUUGUGUUCAGCUUCUGUUUGAUUAGAUUUCUUCAAGCAUUUAUCACAUACCUUUCCGAUAAUAAAUGUUACUUGCCUUUAUUUGAAAAUAGGAUUUUUUCCUCCGUAAUAGUUCAAAUGAAAUAUUAUUGUUCUUCUAAUUCCUGUAUACGUUGAUGUUUGUUUUCAAUUUCGUCUGUUUUAGUAAAACUACUGAAAUAAACUAUUGGGAAUGGUA